AUGAUACAGAUACAGGCACCGAUGGGGAAAGAUAAAAGCGUUAAAUCUAGAGGCGAAGCCGGGGGAGAGAUCGUUUCGAAGACAUCGCCGUUCGAUUCCUUGCCGGAGGAAUGCAUCUCAAACAUAAUCUCUUUUACGAGUCCACGAGACGCGUGCGUCGUCGCUUCGGUUUCGCGAGCCUUUAAAUCGGCGGCGAAGUCAGAUAUUGCAUGGGAGAAGUUUCUCCCGCCGGAAUACGCAUCUCUGGUUCCUCGAUCGCCGGAUUUCUCAUCGAAGAAGGAUCUCUAUUUCUCUCUCUGCGACGAUCCUGUUCUAAUCGACGAUGGCAAAAAGAGGUUUUGGUUAGAGAAAGCGAACGGGAAGAGGUGUAUAAUGUUAUCUGCGGUGAGCCUGUCAAUCACAUGGGGAGAUAAUCCUCUGUAUUGGCAAUCGAUUCCAAGUCCAGGAUCUAGAGACUUUUCUUCAUCAGAUCUGGUGAUUUCACCUCCGAUCUUCUUCAAUUUCUUCUGUUUUUCUUCAUUUUUCUUCCCCGUGAUCGUUGAUUAA